AUGGAUUCUUCUUUUUCCUUUCGCUUUUGUGCUGCUGCAAUAACUUUGUUCACUUUUUUGGGUACAAUAUAUUUCAUGUUUUAUAUAAAAUUCAGAUUCCAUCAAGAAAACAAAGCACUAACUUCUGCUUCCUCUUCUUCUUCUUCUUUAUCUGUUUCAUCUACUCCAUCUUCUUUGUCUCGAAAUUCGAAACAUCAUGUCUUCCCGAGCUUCCAUGGGCCAGAUGUUCGAAAAACUUUUCUUGCUCACAUGCUAAAAGAGUUCAAAGGAAAGGGAAUCGACUCAUUUAUUGAUAAUGAUAUCGAGAGGACCAAGUCAAUCGGUCCUGAACUCAUAGAAGCUAUCAGAGGAUCGAAGAUCGCGAUCGUCUUGCUUUCGAGAAACUAUGCUUCUUCGUCAUGGUGCUUAAACGAGUUGAUGGAGAUCAUGAAUUGCAGGGAGGAUUUGGGUCAAAUAGUAAUGACCAUUUUCUAUGAUGUAGAUCCAACUGAUGUAAAGAAACAAACCGGAGAUUUUGGGAAGGCCUUCAAAAAAACUUGUAAAGGUAAGACAAAGGAGGAGAUUAAGGGAUGGAAAAAAGCCUUGGAUGGUGUGGCCACAAUAGCCGGAGAGCAUUCUCGCAAUUAGGAUAAUGAAGGUGCCAUGAUUGAAAAAAUUGCCACAGAUGUUUCGAACGUGUUGAAUAAUGCUACACCAUCAAGGGAUUUCGACGCCUUCAUCGGAAUGGGAGUUCAUAUAGCAAAUUUGGGAUUAUUACUACGCCUAGAUUUGGAUGAAGUGAGGAUGGUUGGGAUUUGGGGUCCGUCUGGGAUCGGUAAGACCAGCAUUGCCAGAUCCAUGUUUAAUCAAAUCUCCAGCAGCUUUCAACUGAGCACAAUCAUGGUGAAUAUCAAAGGAUGUUAUCCAAAUCCUUGUCUCGAUGAGUAUAGAGCACAAUUGCAACUUCAGAACCAAAUGUUGUCUCAGAUUAUCAACCAGAAAGAUAUCAAAAUUUCUCAUCUAGGAGUCGCUCAAGAAAGGUUGAAAGACAAGAAAGUUUUUCUUGUUCUUGAUGAUGUGGAUCGUUUAGGACAAUUAGUUGCAUUGGCGAAUAUUGAGUGGUUUGGUCGUGGAAGUCGGAUUAUCAUCAUAACAGAAGAUCUCAGAGUUUUGAACGCUUAUGGAAUCAACCAUAUUUACAAAGUGGAUUUUCCAUCAAUUGACGAGGCUAUUGAAAUCUUUUGCAUGUAUGCAUUUGGUCAAAAACAGCCAUAUCAUGGUUUCUAUGAGCUUGCUGGAGAAGUAAUACAACUUGCCGGUAGACUCCCUUUGGGAUUGCGGGUAUUAGGCUUCGCUUUGCGGGGAAUGUCCAAAUAUGAGUGGAAGAUUACCCUACCAAGAUUAAAAACUUGCCUUGACGGAGAAAUUGAGAGCAUUUUAAAGUUUGGUUACGAUGUCUUAUGUGAUGAAGAUAAAGAAUUGUUUCUUUAUAUAGCCUGCUUUUUCAACUCUGGGCCAAUUUACAAAUUGGAAGAGCUUCUAAAAAACUACUUGGAUGUUGGGAAAGGGUUGCGCAUAUUAGCUGAAAAAUCUCUCAUACAUACACUUGUGGGAGCAGGAUUCGUAAAGAUGCAUGAUCUGCUAGUACAAUUUGGAAAGGAAAUUUCACGUAAGCAAUUCAAUCAUGGCUUUGGAAAAUGUCAGAUUUUAGUCGAUGCUAGAGAUAUAUGUGAAGUACUCAGCGAUGAUACAACUGAUGGUAGACGUAUUAUAGGGAUAAAUUUGGACUUAUCUCAGAUUGAAGAAAAUUUUAAUAUAAGUGAAAAAGCAGUUAAAAAAUUGUCUAACCUCAGAUUCUUGAACAUCUAUAGUAGCGAUCUUCCUCAUCCGGACAGACUGCACACAAUGCAAGGUUUGAAUUGUCAAUAUUUUCGAAAACUUAUAUCACUCCGUUGGAUGCAUUUUCAAAAGACAAGUUUGCCUUCUACCUUUAAUUCGGAGUUUCUCGUCGAGUUAACCAUGCAUGACAGCAAGCUUCAGAAACUAUGGGAAGGAACUAAACCACUUAGAAAUAUCAAGUGGAUGGUGUUGAGUAAUUCUAAAAAUUUGAAGGAGCUUCCUGAUCUUUCAACUGCCACCAAUCUUGAAACCUUGAUUCUAGAAAACUGUUCAAGUUUAAUGGAACUUCCAUCCUCUAUUGGAAAACUCUCAAAUCUCGAUUAUUUGUGUCUCGGUGGUUGCUCAAGCCUGUUGGAGCUCCCUUCUUUUACUAAAAAUGUCACCGGUCUCGUGGAUUUAGACCUGAGAGGGUGCUCAAGUCUAGUAGAGAUCCCCUCCUCUAUUGGUCAUGCCAUAAAUCUUCGAAUAUUGGAUCUUUCUAAAUGCUCAAGUUUGGUGGGGCUCCCGUCCUUUGUUGGGAAUGCCAUUAAUCUUCGAAAUGUGUAUCUCAAAGGGUGUUCAAAUCUAGUUGAGCUUCCUUCAUCUAUUGUGGAUCUUAUUAAUCUUGAGAAAUUAGAUCUUAGUGGUUGCUCAAGUCUGGUGGAGCUCCCAUGUAUCAGAAAUGCUGUUAAUCUCCAGAUGUUGGAUCUUAGUGAUUGUUCAAGUCUGGUGAAGCUCCCUUCUUUUGUAGGAAAUGCAACCAAACUCGAGAAAUUGAAUCUCACUAAUUGCUCAAAUCUUUUGGAGCUUCCUUCUAUUGAUAAUGCAACUAAUCUUCAGGAAUUGUUACUCGAAAAUUGCUCAAGGCUUAUGAAGCUUCCUUCCACUCUCAGAAAUGCCAUCAACCUCCAGUUAAUUAAUCUCAAAAAUUGUUCAAAUGUUGUGAAGAUUCCCGCUAUCGAGAAUGUCACUAAUCUCAACUUAUUAGACCUUAGCGGAUGUUCAAGUCUUGUAGAGAUCCCUCCCUCAAUUGGAACUGUCACUAGUCUCCACAAAUUAUAUCUUAAUAGAUGCUCAAGUCUCGUGGAACUUCCCUCUUCUAUCGGAAAUAUCACUAGUCUCCAAGAGUUGAAUCUCCAGGAUUGCUCAAAUCUACUGGCGCUUCCCUUCUCAAUUGGAAACCUUCAUAAAUUGCAAGAGUUGCAUUUGUCUUUUUUUUUUUUUGUCAAACAGUUGCAUUUGUCAAGAUGCUCAAAGCUGGAGGUCCUUCCGAUCAACAUCAACUUGGAAUCUCUCAAAGUUCUUGAUCUCAUCUUUUGCACGCGGUUGAAAAUCUUUCCAGAGAUUUCCACAAACAUUGUAUAUCUCAAUCUUGUUGGAACUACAAUAGAAGAAGUGCCUUUAUCGAUCAGAUCAUGGCCUCGUCUUGAUAUAUUCUGCAUGUCAUACUUUGAAAACCUUAAUGAAUUCCCGCAUGCUCUUGACAUCAUCACAUGUCUACAUUUGAGCGGAGAUAUACAAGAAGUUGCUACAUGGGUCAAGGGGAUAUCUCGUCUAGAUCAAAUUUUACUCUACGGAUGCAAAAGGCUGGUAUCACUACCUCAGCUACCAGAUAUCUUAUCAGACCUAGAUACAGAAAAUUGUGCAUCACUGGAGAAACUAGAUUGUUCCUUUCACAAUUCGGAGAUUCGUCUCAAUUUUGCUAACUGCUUCAAACUGAAUAAAGAAGCAAGGGACCUCAUCAUCCAAACAUCGACUAGUAAAUAUGCGAUCUUACCUGGUCGAGAAGUGUCUUCAUCCUUCACUUACAGAGCUGCUGGAGAUUCCGUGACAGUGAAGUUAAAUGAAGGGCCUCUUCCUACAUCAUUGAGAUUUAAGGUUUGCGUCUUGAUAAUAUAUAAGGGUGACGAGAAGGCUGGUGAUACGAACACGAAGCAUGGAGAAUUUUUCAUCUUCUACCUACAAAAUGGCAACAUUGGUUACAAAUAUCUUGAUCCACUUGUCACGGGGCAUCAGUACAUAUUCGAAGUUGAAGCAGAGGUAACUUCUAGCGAGUUUGAUUUUUACUUUGCUAUCGGCCGUGAGGAAUGGAAGAUAGUAGAAUGCGGAGUAUGCGAACUCUGUGAGUCUCUUCACGUUGAUGGAGGCUGUGAAGUAGACAGAGAAGCUUGUGGGGCACGUAAAAUCACAGGAAGCUUAUUGUUUGAGCUGGUGGCCUAAAUAUUC